AAACGAGUUACAGUAAUCGACGAGAACUCACACGCUUCCCCCCCACUGGAGAGAGAGCGAGGCGCAGUCCCCCUCUUCUCCCCGUCACAUGCACCAUCCGCGCGGGGCUCAGUGAACCAGCGCACACCGAGGGGGGUCGCAGCGGUAAGACAGAGACCCACAAUCCGGGUUCGAAAGCCGGCUGCAGUUUUUUUUUCCCCCUUCCUCGUCGACGAGACUUGCCCUACUUUUCGUCGUCUUUUCGAGUUAAAAAAUGGAUUUCAUGUGGCCAUGAAGUGAAACUCCGCCAUAUUCGGCACAUCCACCACGCCCGCCGUCCGUCCAAAAAACUUCUUCGCUUCACUUCAUUUAGCACUUAAAGUGUUAUAAUAAGGGAGGCGACGCCUGAAGCCGGGCACGAUGACCCUGAUGGCGGCGGGGGCUUGCUGCCUCAGCCCGGAGGCCAAAGAAGCUCGGAGGAUCAACGACGAGAUCGAGAGGCAGCUCCGCCGAGACAAGAGAGACUCGAGACGGGAAUACAAGCUCCUCUUGCUCGGGACCGGCGAGAGCGGUAAGAGCACAUUCAUCAAGCAAAUGAGGAUCAUCCACGGCCGAGGUUACUCUGACGAGGACAAACGGGCCUUCACCAAGCUGGUGUACCAGAACAUUUUCACUGCCAUGCAGGCAAUGAUUCAGGCCAUGAAGACACUCCGGAUCCCCUACAAGUACCAGUACAACAAGGCCAACGCCAGUACAGUCAGCGAAGUGAACGUGGAGACGGUGACGACGUUUACAAAAGCGUACGUGGACGCUAUCAGGAGCCUGUGGGCCGACCCGGGGAUCCAAGAAUGUUACAGUCGCAAAAGAGAAUACCAGCUCUCCGACUCGGCCAAAUACUACCUGAACGACUUGGACCGCAUCGCCGACGCCGCGUACCUGCCGUCGCAGCAGGACGUGCUGCGGGUCAGGGUACCCACCACGGGCAUCAUCGAGUACCCCUUCGACCUGGAGAACAUGGUGUUCAGGAUGGUGGACGUGGGCGGGCAGCGCUCGGAGAGGAGGAAGUGGAUCCACUGUUUUGAGAAAGUGACAUCCAUCAUGUUCCUGGUGGCGCUCAGCGAGUACGACCAAGUGCUGGUGGAGUCGGCACAUGAGAAUCGCAUGGAGGAGAGCAUGGCCUUGUUCCGGACAAUCAUCACCUACGAGUGGUUCGAAGAGUCCUCGGUCAUCUUGUUCCUCAACAAGAUUGAUUUGCUGGAGGAGAAAAUCAUGCACUCGCAUUUGGUCGACUACUUUCCAGAAUAUAACGGUCCGCAGCGGGACGUGAAGGCGGGCCAGGAGUUCAUCCUGAACAUGUUCGUCAACCUGCACCCCAACCGCAAGAAGCUCAUCUACUAUCACUUCACCUGCGCCACCGACACGGACAACAUCCGCUUCGUCUUCCACGCCGUCAAGGACCAUAUCCUGCAAGGCAACCUUGAAGACUACAACUUGGUGUGAAGCGGAGGUAUGGCGUCAGGGGUCCGCCGUGUGGCGGGGCGGUGGGGGGGGAUGCCUGAAAGCCCUCGCUAUUUGACCACUAUGAUGCAAGAUGGCGGCAACGGAGCACCCAAUGAUGGUACUACUGAUGUAUUCAAACCUUUGGUCACUAAACUGCUGCCCGAGUGGACGAAGCGUACAGGAAUCUCACCGAGCAGGGGUCAGCGGAUGACUGCGUGUGGUCACAGAGGGACUACUUUUUGCGCGGGUGCGAGUCGGUUUCACAUUGAAGUGGAAAAUCCGUGUUAUAGCUCGUGUGUACUAAAGAGAAGCCAGUAUGGAAAGCCAUUUGAGCAUUCAUUCCAUAUCCUUAAUAUCGAGUUGAUAUGAAAGGGGAAGGUCAAGUCCCCCUCCAAAAUUAUUUUCGAUGAGUCUGACAGGGUAUUCUGAUUAAUAUUGCAUUGAUGAAAUAAGAACGAAUGCAACCAUUUUCAUCUAUCAAUAGGCACAGUCAUUUUGACAUUCUACUGCAACUUGCGCUCGACAGAAAUUGACGUCAACGAGCACUCGUAACCAAAAAAAAAUUGGUUUGGUGAACUGAAAUCUUUGCGUAUGAUAAAUAUGCCAAGGCCACAGAAAUCAGGGAGGGGGCAAAUUGUUUUUCACGGCACUGUAUAUGUUAUACUGCAUAUGUGCAUACAGUAUAUAUCAAGGAUAUGGAAUAGAUGCUCAAACGGCUUGCCAUAAGCCAGUUGUAAUCAACACUAAUUGCACAUUUACCUUUUAGGCCUUCACGCGUUUGCACACUUGAGUAACAUGUCACCAUUUUGGAACACUUAGUUGUGAGGCGGCAUCCUU